GCAAAGGUUAUGCAGUGCCUGAACAUGAUCAUGGCAGAACCAUCUGGCCUCAUCACCAUCUGCCUUCUAGGAUAUCUACUCAGCGCUGAAUGUACAGUUUUUCUUGAUCAUGAAAAUGCCAACAAAAUUCUGAAUCGGCCAAAGAGGUAUAAUUCAGGCAAACUAGAAGAGUUUGUUCAAGGGAACCUUGAGAGAGAAUGCAUAGAAGAAAAGUGCAGUUUUGAAGAAGCACGAGAAGUCUUUGAAAACACUGAAAAGACUACUGAAUUUUGGAAGCAGUAUGUCGAUGGAGAUCAGUGUGAGUCCAACCCAUGUUUAAAUGGUGGCAUGUGCAAGGAUAACAUUAAUUCCUAUGAAUGCUGGUGUCAAGUUGGAUUUGAAGGAAAGAACUGUGAAUUAGAUGCAACAUGCAGCAUAAAGAAUGGCAGAUGCAAGCAGUUUUGUAAAAAGGGCGAUGACAACAAGGUGGUGUGUUCCUGUACCACGGGAUACCGUCUUGCAAAAGACAAGAAGUCCUGUGAACCUGCAGGUCAAAAUCUACAUACAUUAUUUAAAGCUUUGCAGAUACAUUCUCCAAAUCCAUAUCUGAACCUUUAACAUUAUAACUAACCUACAUGAUUUUAACCCCUACUUGUAUCUACUUCCCUUUGAAAUCAACUGGAAAGGUCAGUCACUUGAAUUGGACAAGUCAAUUCUCCAAAUUGCAGACUCAUUUUAAAUAUAAAUUCUCUAAUUGUCUACAGCCUGAAUUCUUUUA